AGGCGGAAGCUAGUUGAAGUGGUGCAAAAUGUCGAAGCGAGGUCGCGGAGGUUCGGCCGGAAACAAGUUCCGGAUGUCGCUGGGUCUUCCUGUUGCGGCAACUGUUAACUGCGCCGACAACACCGGAGCAAAGAAUCUCUACAUCAUAUCGGUGAAGGGGAUCAAGGGUCGUCUCAACCGAUUGCCCUCUGCUUGUGUUGGUGACAUGGUGAUGGCCACCGUGAAGAAGGGGAAGCCCGAUCUGAGGAAGAAGGUCAUGCCUGCUGUCAUAGUCAGGCAGCGCAAGCCUUGGCGCCGAAAGGAUGGUGUCUUCAUGUACUUUGAAGAUAAUGCUGGGGUUAUAGUGAAUCCCAAGGGAGAAAUGAAAGGAUCAGCUAUUACUGGUCCGAUAGGAAAGGAGUGUGCAGAUCUCUGGCCUAGGAUUGCUAGUGCUGCCAAUGCCAUCGUUUAAGAGUCGGGAGGCCCAGCUUGAAUAUUCAAAAAUGUAUUUAUGACUAUCAAAUUUUGUUUCGAUUAGUUGGUU